AUGAAAUUCGUGGCUUUGAUCUCAGGAGGAAAAGAUUCCUUUUAUAACAUUUUCCAUUGUUUGAAAAACAAUCAUGAAUUAAUUGCCCUUGCCAAUCUACAUCCAACUGAUGUACAAGAACAAGAAUUGGAUAGUUUCAUGUUCCAAACAGUAGGCCAUGAUAUUAUCCCAUUAUAUUCCAAAUGUCUCGGUGUCCCACUUUUAAGAACCACCAUUGAUAAAUCAUCCUCGAAAAAUGUGGAUUUGAAUUAUUUACCGACUAAAUUCGAUGAGAUUGAAAAAUUGUAUGAAUUACUUCUUUCCAUUAAGAACGAAUUCCCUGACCUUGAAGCGGUUAGUGUAGGUGCCAUAUUAUCAUCGUAUCAACGUAUCCGAGUUGAAAGUGUUUGCCAGAGAUUGGGAUUGACAGUACUUAGUUAUCUAUGGCAAAGAGAUCAAUUGGAAUUGAUGAAAGAAAUGUGUUCUAUGUCCAAGGAUAUUCAUACAGAUGUCACGUCUUGUUGUAAAUUUGAUGCUAGAAUCAUUAAAGUGGCUGCUAUAGGGUUAGAUAAAUCACAUUUAGGUAAAUCGUUACCAGUAAAUCUUCCCACAUUUACAAAAUUGAAUAAGAUGUAUCAAGUUCACAUAUGUGGCGAAGGAGGUGAAUUUGAAACUAUGGUACUCGAUGCACCUUUUUUCAAGAACGGGUUUAUUAAAUUAAUUCAAUUAAUACAUGAAGAUCCUUCAGUAUCAGACGAUGGCGUCUAUAGUGCCAAAUUCAAAGUUGAAUUCCAAGAAAGAACGGUACCUGCGGAGGAACUUAGUAAACAACUGAGCUUAUUACCUGUCCCUAAAGUAAUUGAUGAGAAAUGGGACGCAUUAUUAGAAACAUAUAUGAAGAAGAAUGAGGAAUGGAAUGUUGUAAGAACAAAUGGUGGUGACUUAGCCUAUUCAAACAACAAUACCAUUACUAUGCCCCUCUCGAUUAGAAAAUUGGAUAGCCUGAUUUUCAUUUCAAAUCUUACGUGCAACAAUGGGUCUGUUUCUGUAAUUAAACAAGCUGAAAAUGUUUUCGAACAAUUAGCCAAAAUACUGAACGACGAAAAUCUUUUCCCAUCACAAACACUAUAUUCUUCUUUAAUAUUACGCGAUAUGUCUCAAUUCUCAAAGGUAAAUGGAAUAUACAAUAAGUUUUUUAAUACCUUUAAAGUCGGUCCAUUACCACCAUCAAGAGCCUGUGUAGGAUCUGAAUUAUUAGCCAAUGAUUGUCAACUACAACUUUCAAUAGUGUUAGACCGAACAAAAGAGUCACAACUCAUAGAAAUUAAAGGAAAUGAAGAAAUAAAUGACUUCAAAACUUUAAUGCUAAAUAAAAAUAAAGAUGGGUUACAUGUGCAAGGAAGAUCAUAUUGGGCACCAUGCAAUAUCGGACCAUACUCUCAAGCGAUUUGGACCAGAUAUGAUUUCAAUAAAGUUACUUAUAUAAGUGGACAAAUUGGAUUGAUACCUGCCUCCAUGAAUAUACUUGAUUCAUCGAAGGAAGCACAAUGUGUUUUAGCACUUAGACAUUUCGAUACGUUAAAGGAAACCAUUGAUUCCAAAAGACAACUUUUUAUGACAUGCUUUAUCAGCACCAUGGAUGUAUUACACACCGUGUGUAGUAUAUGGUCUUUGUAUUCUAAUAAAAUGGCAAAUGAAUCAGACUCGGAAUUAUGGUGGGACAAAGAGAAUGAUCCCAUGGAAUCUAUAAUCAUAGUAAAGGUAUCCCAAUUACCUAGGAAUGCAGUAUGCGAAUGGGGAGGAGUUACAUGCAAGGAAAUAGAAUUCAUUGAUGACGAAUACGAUUCAAAUGAUGAAUCAGAUAUCAAAGAGGCAGUCGAAUUGUAUGAUCUCCAAUUCCUGGACACAUUACAAUGGGCUGAAAGUACCGUCAAUUCCAAUAAUUCAAAGAGGCACUUCAUCACGGCAUUUUCUGAUGAUGAUACUAUUCUGAGGAAGGCAUUGACAUCUCUCGAGCGAACCGCUCAUAUUGUACUUUAUUAUAAUGCCACCAAGAUGCCACAUGAUGUUCAAACGGGGUUAUAUGCUUAUCAAAAUAUCGAGUUCUUCCCAGUAGAAGGAAUAUUCGACUAUAUCGGGAAUGAACAUAGAUAUGGGAUGCAAAUUAGGUAUUAA